CUCAUUUAAUUAUUUAUUUAUCUCGUCGCCGCCUUUUGAAGCCCUCCGCGGAACUUCGGCGGUGGUAAAGGCGAAGAGGAGAUAGCGGGCCCGGGGAGAUGCUUUAGCUGUUCCUUCUCCUCCUCCUCCUGCUGCUUCUCUGGGGUUUCUCACCAGCUGCCCGCCGUGCGGGGACCCGCCCCGGGUCCGAGGGGCUAUAGGACGAGCGAGAGCCGGCCCCGGCGGAGGCCGGUGUUUGUAGAAAGAAUAUCAGCAGCUUUUUACUAAUGGAGAGCCACUUGUUAUCACCAACGUGCACAUGAAAUGGAAAGGAAACAGAUUCCAGAAAACAAGUUCUGUUUCAGCCUUGCAAGAUGCUGCAUGAAGUGUGUCAUAAAAGACCUAUCGAACAAAUUUUAAAAAGAUGAGAACCGAGGACCAAAUCAACAUAUCUAAAAGCUGUUAGAUAAGUGUAAAGAAGUUUAAGUGACUGCUCUACUCGAUCAAAAUGGUGGACACUGAAAACCAGCUGUAUCCCCUCACUCCCUUGGAGGAGGAUGAUAUAGGCAGCCCGUUAUCUGGAGAGUUCCUACAAGAUAUGGAGAACAUUCAAGACAUCUCUCAGUCUCUAGGUGAUGAUAGCUCUGGAGCUUUAAGUUUAACAGAGUUCCAGUCACUGGGAAAUGGUCCAGGAUCUGAUGGAUCGGUUAUAACAGACACCCUUUCACCAGCAUCCAGUCCUUCAUCCAUUAAUUUUGCCACAGCUCCAGGUAGCAUAGAUGAAUCACCCAGUGGAGCAUUAAACAUUGAAUGUAGAAUUUGUGGGGAUAAAGCCUCAGGCUACCAUUACGGAGUACAUGCUUGUGAAGGUUGUAAGGGUUUUUUUAGAAGAACAAUCCGUUUAAAACUCGUCUAUGAUAAAUGUGAUCGCAACUGCAAAAUUCAGAAAAAAAAUCGUAAUAAGUGCCAAUACUGUCGUUUUCAAAAGUGCCUUUCAGUUGGAAUGUCACAUAAUGCAAUACGUUUUGGACGAAUGCCAAGGUCUGAGAAGGCCAAGUUGAAAGCAGAAAUUCUAACAGGUGAAAAUUAUGUAGAAGAUUCAGAAAUGGCAGAUCUUAAAUCACUUGCCAAAAGAAUUCAUGAUGCUUACCUGAAAAACUUCAAUAUGAACAAGGUUAAAGCCAGAAUCAUCCUUGCAGGGAAAACUAAUAACAAUCCACCAUUUGUUAUACAUGAUAUGGAUACCUUGUGUAUGGCAGAGAAGACCCUGGUGGCAAAAUUGGUAGCCAAUGGAAUUCAGAACAAGGAAGCAGAAGUUCGAAUCUUCCACUGCUGCCAGUGUACAUCUGUAGAGACCGUCACAGAACUUACUGAAUUUGCCAAAUCUAUCCCUGGCUUCUCCAAUCUUGACUUGAAUGAUCAAGUGACACUGUUAAAAUACGGAGUUUAUGAAGCCAUAUUUGCCAUGUUAGCAUCUGUGAUGAACAAGGACGGGAUGCUGGUAGCCUAUGGAAACGGUUUUAUAACCCGGGAGUUCCUGAAAAGCCUGAGAAAGCCAUUCUGUGAUAUAAUGGAGCCCAAAUUUGAUUUUGCAAUGAAAUUCAAUGCACUAGAAUUGGAUGACAGCGAUAUAUCCCUUUUUGUUGCUGCCAUCAUUUGCUGUGGAGAUCGUCCUGGUCUUGUAAACGUAGGACACAUUGAAAAAAUGCAGGAGAGCAUCGUGCAUGUACUGAAACUUCACUUGCAAACCAACCAUCCUGAUGACAUCUUCCUCUUCCCAAAACUUCUCCAAAAAAUGGCUGACCUCCGACAGCUUGUCACAGAGCACGCUCAACUUGUUCAGAUAAUUAAGAAGACUGAAUCUGAUGCACAUUUACACCCUUUACUACAGGAAAUCUACAGGGAUAUGUAUUAAGGAUUUUUAGUAUUUUUUUUUUCCACAGUAUUUAAAGACGAGAGCAAUACUAAUAACAGAUGGGAGCAAAACUACUUGCAGUUAUCUGCUGUUCGCUCAGCUCAGAGCAUGAAAAAAAAUCUAAAAGCUGGGUAACUGGUGUGUUACACUGCUUUUAGUUUGGGAUCUUUUGUCUUCAUUUGAAAGAGGUCUGCAGAAAAAUACUGAUCAUAGAGCUCAUGAAGUGUCUUACAAUGGUUCUUUUAUUUGAAAAUUUGAAGAUUGGUAAGGAAUGCAUAUUUGUAUAAUAAAUCAGAAUGUUAAGUAACAGAAAUGAA